AUGUUCCUGCUCUUUCCCACGUCUAGGCGCUUUCCUCGUCGCCCGCGCUUUCCCUCAUCACCCUCGCCAACCCUCGCCACCCUCGCCUCUGCUUGUCGCCCGCGUGUCCCGUCCUCGCCCUCGCUUCCCGUCACCCGCGCUUCUCCUCAUAACUUCCUCGUCACGCGCUCGUCCCCUCGUCACGUGCUCGUCGCCCUCCCUUCCGCGCGUCGCCCUCCCAUCCGCCCGUCGCUCUCCCUUCCGCCCGCUGCCCUCCCUUCGCCUCGUCGCCCUCCCUCCGGCUCUUCCCCUCGCAAUGCCCGCCACCGAAGCACCUCAUCCACGCCGCUCACGGAGCGGUACCUGCCCACGGCGCACUUCGGCGGGUUCUACGAGAUGGGCGCGCAGCUGGCGGAGCUGUGA